AUGGUCGUCUGGACAGUGAACGACACGAACCGGACGGAACCGAGAGCCUCCCGGAUGAUGGUGCUGGCGGCGGCGGCGGCGGAGACGGCCGAGGAACCGCUGGCGGGGCUCGGUCUGGCGCUCGGUUACGACGGUGCCCCAAUCGGAGGCACCAUGACAACGUCCAGCGCCGGCGAUGGACUGUUUAGUGCGGUGUCGUCGGCGGCGGCGCGAGUUAACGGCACGGCGGGUGACGACAGCCUGCAGGAGCUGCUGGAGGGAGGCUGCCCGCGGCCCGACGACACCCUCUACCCGAGCCUGAUCGGCAUCGACCUGGCGGUGCCACAGUGGGAAGCCAUCGGAACCGCUCUCAUCCUGACGCUCAUCAUCGUCAUCACCAUCGUCGGCAACAUCCUGGUGAUCCUGAGCGUGUUCACGUACCGACCGCUUCGGAUCGUGCAGAACUUUUUCAUCGUGUCACUGGCCGUGGCCGACCUGACCGUGGCCAUCCUGGUGUUGCCCCUGAACGUCGCCUACUCGCUGCUCGGGCGCUGGGAGUUCGGUAUCCACGUGUGCAAGAUGUGGCUCACGUCGGACGUGCUUUGCUGCACCGCGUCCAUCCUCAAUCUGUGCGCGAUCGCGCUCGAUCGCUACUGGGCGAUCACCGACCCGAUCAACUACGCCCAGAAGCGCACGCUCGAGCGCGUCCUGGCGCUCAUAGCCGGCGUCUGGGUCCUGUCACUCCUGAUCAGCUCUCCGCCGCUGAUCGGCUGGAACGAUUGGCCGGCCGAGUUCUCGAGCGAGUUCCCGUGUCAAUUAACGAGCAACCAGGGCUACGUGAUCUACUCGUCGCUCGGCUCCUUCUUCAUCCCGCUCGCCAUCAUGACGAUCGUGUACAUCGAAAUCUACGUCGCCACGCGCCGCCGACUCCGCGAGCGCGCCCAAGCCUCCAAGAUCAACACGCUGGCCACACGCAGUAUCGGCAUGCCGUCGCCUACUGCCGGUGGUCCACACCCGGACCAGGAGUCGAUCAGUAGCGAAACGAACAACCACAACGAACACGGACUGGCCCGGGCGGACCCGGACGAGGGAAGUGGGAAGAAGCCCGCGGGCAAGCGGAGCCGGCUCGGGGCGUACUUCGGGCGGGGCGGCCGGCGGCUGCUGGGAUCGGGUGCUGCGGUGGAGCGCGAGGACGACUCGGUGACGGACUACCCGGACAACUCCGGGUCCGGCGAGAGCGCGAAGGCCGCCGAGCUUCAGCAGCUCCAACAACUUCAACUCCAACAACAGUCCAACUGUGAUACUCCGGCACCGGCGGAUCCACCGGCGGCGACGGCCAAGAACGGGCUGGAGGUACGGACGACGACGACGACGACGGUCGGGUUCGAUGGGUCCGCCCUGACCGGCGGUGGGCGGCCGCCUACGGGCGCCGUCGCCGCUGGCCGCUUGAAGCAAUCGUUCCGGAAACCGGGCGGCCUCAACCA